GAUUAGAUUAGAUUUAUUUAUUUCUUAAAGAAAAAGACACAGUAUUUUACACAAAAGGAUAAAACAAAGGCUUUCACUAAAAGAUCGUCAACUUAACAUUAAAACAAAAAAUAUAAAAUUAAUAAAUAAAGAAAUGUCACGACAAAAAAGAAAAUGUCAAUGUAUACAUAGCUAGAUAAUUAGUUAACCAGUUAAUUUUUACCACAUCAGCUAGGAAAGGCUCUCUUUGUACUUAAAAAACUGAUAGGAAAGUCGCAUUUUAUCAUAUGUGGUGCUAAGUAAUCUGAUACGAAUUUUGAUUUGUUGAGCUCAUGUUGGUUGAUAGAAUUGAACUUAAGCAAUGAUUUUAAACGAUAAAUAUUUAAUAGGGAUAAUUUGAUUUGUAAUUUUAAUUAGUAUUUUCCUCGCAUUGGUGUGGUGAGAAGUUUUCUGUUUCACUCGGGAGCAAAGUUUUUUUAACCCUCGCUACUCUCAAGAUUCCAGUUUUGGAAUCUUUCGCUUACUGGGAUAAUAUAUCAAUAUUAGCACAACUUUGCCCCCUUGUAAAACAAAUAACGUCAUUGAAAUAAGGUUUAUUUUGCGGUUUAUUAUAUAAAAAUAAUUAGGCGUGUUUACACUGACCGAAACAAGAGAAAGUUUGCAGAAAUCCACCUUGACAUGAAAACAAUCAUUACAUUUACCUGCCAGAACUCUUGCAAUGACAUUUACCUUUUGGCAAGACACAUUGACAUAUUUAUUUCUGAAAUAACGAAGUAUUUUGGAAGUGUUUUAUUUGUUAUUGGCAAUAUGAGUGAUAGCGCGAGCACUGCUACGAAGACCGCGACAGAAUCGGUGGAAUCUGAAUCAACAGAUGUUCCCUUGGUGGCAGACCGAUGGACCAACAACAUAAACUACCGGCAACUGGUCGUCUCGUCGUGCGUAGGCAUUCUCCAGCUCUGGUGGCACCCUUACUUGUUCGAUCUGAGGAAACUCCUGCCCUUCAUCUUCCUGUACAACGUGUUUAGCGUCGUGAUUGGCUACCCGAUGUUUUAUUUGGAACUGGGGAUUGGCGUGGUGACGAAGAAGGGGGUUAUGAGCUCUUGGGAUUUAUCGCCUGUUGCUAGAGGUGUGGGCUGCUCGAUGCUGCUGACAUGCGCGGCAACAGCGCUAGCCCUCGGCGCGGUCAGCGCGUGGUGCUUGGCGCAGCUGGUACACUCGGCGCACUCGUUCCUGCCGUGGCUGCACUGCGCGGCGGCCGCGCUGCCGGCGUGCGCGGCGCGCCAUCGCUCGCUGACCGCCGGCAGUGAGACCCCGGCGCAUUCCUUCUUCUUUAAUUUCGUGCUGAAACUGAGGCGUGAUGGGCUUAAGUGCGGACUAGGAAACAUAGUGUGGGAGCUUACCAUCUACUACAUCAUCUGCUGGGUCCUCAUCUACUUGAUCGCUGUCAAAAGAGUUUACAGCUAUUCUAAGUUGGUAUUAUUCAAAGAUACAUUGGCGUUUUUCGUGCUGAUUUGCUCCGCGAUUGGCUGCUUGAACCUCGAGGGGGCCGGCAACAUGUUCCACUACUGUGAUUGGGGAGUGCUCUUUGAAGGAACACAGAUUUGGAGAGAAGCGAUAGAGUACUCUCUCAUCGAAAUGACAGUCGGACAGGGCACACUAGUAAUGCUAGGGUCAUACUGCCCUCAACAGCAGCACAAGCUUUCUACAACCGUUCUACUCACAUUCCUGGCCGCUAAGGUCAGCUGUAUGACCAGCGUCUUAAUAUUGGGAGUAACGCAUGGAGCCUUGAUAAAGGAUUAUGAAGCUAAUAGCACUCAUUUGUGGAGUGGCCCGUCAACGCCAAUGAUCCUGUGGGCAGACUUCGUAGCCCGCAUACCCGGCAGCCAAUUCUGGUCGGCCGUCAUGUUCUUCACGCUAUUCGUUCUCUCGCUUUCUUUUGUGGCCUUGAUGGUGCAGACGAUAAUGUCGGCGUUCACGGGUCACUCUAUCCAUAAGAUCACGUGGGCUCUGCUCAUCGCCAUCUGUAUCCUGUUCUGCUUCAUUGGAGUCAUGACUCUGUGCACCCAGGGUGGGCUUUACGUAGUAACCUUCCUAAUGGACUGGCCAGUGACGCGUCCGCGCACAGCCAUAGCGGGCAUAGUGGCUGCGUCUGUGAGCUACGCGUACGGCCAGACGGUGUUCUGUGAGGAUAUGUUCUUCGCGGUCGGCGAGUAUCCCUGCGUGUUCGUCAGGGUCUGCUGGGCUGUUGCACCGUUUAUACUCAUGGUGGCGUUCCUAUCGGGUCUGGUGGAGCAAGCUAAGUACGCGGCAGCGGGCUGGUCGCUGGUCACUUUCAUGUUGGCGCCCAUUGCUUUCGUCGCCAUCAUUUAUCUAAUAUUCAAGUUCAGGGUCAGGGUAAGCACUAAGCAGUAUUUAUUUACUUUAUAGUUGCCUCUCGUUCAAGAGAUAUUAAUUGGUUGUAGAAGUGUAAGAACUUUCGUACCGUACGGCAUCAUGUUUUGUGAUAGCUGAAUUUUCAAAUGUUACGUCAAAUUUGAUAACCAAAAUUAUCAAAUUUAAUACAUUCCGCUGUAGAGAUAAUUGACCCCCCAUUGAAAACAAAAAUGGCUGUUUUAGAUUUGAACAUCUAGAUUGACGAAUCCAGCAACGUAAAAACUAUUAUGAUGUAUUCAAAAGGUAUUUAAAUACAAAAUACAGUACGUAGCGGCCCCCUUUUUUAAAUAUCUAUCGUUAAAUUUAAAUAAACACAAUUAUUUAGCA